UUCUGGGACAGAAAGGCGCAUCUAGUAGCCAGGCUGAGGACAGCCCCGGGGACCAUGGAAAUGCUGCUGCUGCUGUUGCUACUGCCCCUGCUGUGGGCCGGGUCCCUGCAGGAGGAUCCAGGGUUCGAGCUCCGAGUGCAGGACUCGGUGACGGUGCAGGAGGGUCUGUGCGUUCACGUGCCCUGCUCCUUCUCCUACCCCCGGGCUGGCGGGAACAACUCUACACCCACUUAUGGCUCCUGGUUCCAGACAAAGGAUAAUUCCAAAGGGGACGUUCUUAUGGCCACAAACAACCCAGCCAAAGGAACAAAGAGGAAGACCAGAUUUCCGUUCUACCUUCUCGGAGACCCUGGGGCCGGGAACUGCUCCCUGAGCAUCACAGUCGCCCAGAGGAGACACGGUGGAAACUAUUACUUUCUCCUGGACAGGGGCCUCAUGAGGCACAGUUACAAAAUGAACAGGCUCACUGUGACUGUGAGAGCGCUGACACAGACCCCGGAUAUCUGGGUCAAGGAGCCGCUGGAGUCCGGCUGCCCCAGCCACCUGACAUGCUCUGUGCCUGGGGCCUGUGAUGAGGCAACGCCCCUCACCAUCUCCUGGACAGGGGCUGCCCUCAGAGCCCCAGGGCUGGACCUGGAGGCCUCUAACUCCUCGGAGAUCCUGCUCACCCCCCGCCCGCAGGACCACGGCACCAACCUCACCUGUCGGGUGACCUUCCCCAGGGCUGGCGUGAACACAGAGAGGACCAUUACGCUCAACGUCUCCUAUGCCCCACAGAACCUGAGCAUCAGUAUCUCCCGAAGAAAUUGCAAAGAUCCCCCGCGGCUCCUCCCCCCCUCCUGCUCCUGGGAGGGUGAGGGGCUGCACUGCAACUGCUCCUCCCAAGCCCAGCCCGCCCCCACCCUGCGCUGGCGGCUGGGGGAGGGGCUGCUGGAGGGGAACCACAACAACGCCUCCUGGACCGUCACCUCCGGCUCUGCGGGGCCCUGGGCCAACAGCUCCCUGAGCCUCAGCGGGCCGCUGGGCUCUGGCCUCAGACUCAGCUGCGAAGCCUGGAAUGUGCAUGGGAAACAGAGUAUGGUGGUCCUGCUGCUCCCAGGGAAGCCGGAGCUUGGGGGAGGAUUCAUUCUAGGGGCUGUCGGGGGAGCUGGUGUCGCUGGCCUGUUCAGUCUCUGCCCCUGCCUCGUCUUCUUCAUGGUAAAGAUCUGCAGGAAGCAGAAACCCAGCGGGAAGGAUGCCGCCUGCACGUUGGGUCCCCUCUCCUGGGGUUACCAGCAUGAGUACCCGUUAGGCACGCCCCUAGCCCGCCUGCCCCCAGCCGUGGCCGCUCCCACCUUGGAUGAGGAGCAGGACCUCCAUUACGCCUCCCUCACCUUCCACGGGCUGAGGCCCUGGAAGCCUCAGGACCUGAAGGGCCCUAGCACCACCGAGUACUCAGAGAUCAAGAUCUGCAAGCGAUGACCCCUGGCUCCAGCGAACUCCCGUGACCUCUGGGUAGAGGGCCCAGGGUUUCUCAAGAAGGGAGACAUCGGGGGACAAUUCCUGAGAGAAUAGUUUUCCAUGGAAACGGUUUGCCAACUAGUGAGUGGGAAUCCCACUGGUGUGGUGAUGGGCAGAACGGGGCUCAAAUUUCAGCCGGUCACCAAUUACAAGGCCAAGUUCGAGCAAGUCGCUUUACUUCUCAGUCUCCCCCUCUGUAAAAGUGGACGCAGUAAACCUGACUCACAGGGUUGCUGUGGGGCGUCAAGGUGGCGAUGAAGAUGAAGGGUCCAACAGGGGUGCAGGUCAGAGACCACCCUGCCCCAGCUCCCGCACCUUCCUAGGGCAGACCACUCUGUAGGGCUGUUCUAGCUCCGGAGCACCCCCCCCCCCACGCCGGGGCAGAGGCCGCAGUUCUCCCUCUGCGCCAGCUGCCUCCUCCUUCCCUCCACAAGGAGGAUCCCUGACCCCCAGGGCGCUUCCUCAGGAACACUGUCAGCCUGCUUCCUGGGAACCCAACUUGUGUAUUUUCACCACACAGAAAAUCAGUUACGGGUUUCCUGAAAUAAACGACAGGUUAUCUAAAUUAUAUACCUUCUU